AUGCCUAAUGUCCCUACCUCGGUCCCCACCCCACCUCCUCCUACAGUGCACCCUCGUGUGGUCCCUCCUACCGCGCCUCAUCCAUCCUCACCCCCCUUGGCUACCCCUCCUCCUCCUGUUAUUCCCUCUCCCCUUCUACCCUCCAUCCCUCCUGCGCCUGCCCCACCCUCCUCUUCGUCUUCCACGGCACCGCCCGUUGGACGAGUGCGGUAUGGAUGGAGUGCAGCAGAGUGGGGGGCAGGAGAUCGGGGAGCAGCAAAUAGGGGAGCAGCAGACAGGGGAGCAGCAGAUAGGGGAGGAGCAGAUUGGGGAGUAGCAGAUAGUGGACCAACACCAAAGGGAGCAGCAGAUAGGGGAGCCGCAGACAGGGGAGCCGGAGACAGGGGAGCAGGAGAUGUGGGGAAUUAG